CCGUCCACAGCCUCGGAUCAAGAUGGCGGCGGCGGCGGAUGGAGAGCCGGCGGCGGGCGACGGAGCCACGAAGCCGCUGUUUGCAGGUCUUGCAAAUGUGUCAAUAUCAGAAGACAUUCCUGUAGAAGGAGAAAUUACUGUUCCUGUGGGCUCUGAUACCCCAGACGAAGACUAUUCCACGUUAGAUGAACCAGUAAAAGAGACCGUUAUGCGGGAUUUAAAAGCAGUUGGAAAGAAAUUUGUCCAUGUCAUGUAUCCCAAAAAAAGCAGCGCCCUCCUCAGAGACUGGGAUUUAUGGGGUCCAUUAAUCCUGUGUGUUUUACUUGCACUAAUGCUUCAGGGAGGAGCGGCAGAUAGCACAGAAGACAGAGGCCCUCAGUUUGCAGAAGUCUUUGUUAUCAUCUGGUUUGGAGCAGUUGUCAUAACGCUAAAUUCCAAGCUCCUGGGAGGAACCAUUUCUUUCUUUCAGAGCCUUUGUGUCCUGGGCUACUGCAUCCUGCCCCUCACCGUGGCUCUUUUGGUCUGCAGGCUUGUACUGAUAGCAAACAGUGGGACUGUUGGCUUCAUUGUGCGUCUUUUAGUCGUAAUAACAAUGUUUGGCUGGUCAACUCUAGCCUCUACAGCCUUCCUGGCAGACAGCCAACCCCCAAACCGCAAAGCUCUGGUCGUCUACCCCAUUUUCCUUUUCUACUUCGUCAUCAGUUGGAUGAUUCUCACCUUUACGCCGUAGUGAAGGCGCUGUCCGCAAAGACGACAAAACCGAAUGAAGGUGUUUUUGUUGCUUUCCAAUGAAAACCUCCCUCUGUGGUUCACCUGCCUGCCUCUUGCUCUGUUUCUUCCGAUAUUUAUAAUGAAUGUUGUGAAAAGGCUGGCAGGCUCCUCGUCUGAAACCACAGAAGGCCUCAAACUCUCUCACUCCUGUUUCUUUGAAGAGCACCACUGAUGUCUCUCCCUACUGAGUUCUGUUUUCUACAGAUUCUGUGUGAGCCUUCAGUAAGGAGAAAGGCUGGGUGUAGUCGUAUCUUGGGCCAUCAAGAUAGUUGACAAAAUAAAAUACUGACUAUGUACUCUUGAUUGGAUUUAUCAGAAGGCCGCAGUUCUUUAGGAGAAUACUGUCUUACAGUUUCAAAACAUUUGCUUUCUUGGGAUGGGAAAUGCCAUCCAAUUCCACUUACUGUCCAAAAACUAAAAGGAAAGGGUGCAAGAAAGGGGCAUUGUCUUUUUCUUUUCUUUUUUUAGUGUUUUCAUCCAUUUUUAAUUGUUCAAAUUAGCGCACUCUCUUCGUUCCCUGUGCAUGGGUUCAAAAGGUCUUGAGGAAGAAAGGCAAGAAUAAAGCCAUUUGGCCCACAUCAGCCACAAGAGAUCUUGGAUCUCUCUCUAAUGCAGGAGGGAAAAAAAGUUGCACUAGAGUAAUCAGCAGUUAAGUGUAGAAAUGCCGAGCGAUUCUGACACGGGAGAUCUUGAUUCUGGAAACAUGAAACACAAAGUUCAACUUCCGUCCCUCUGGAGCCUGGUCAUCAGAAAGGAUUUCAGCUGUAUCAGACCUGGCACCCAGCUCCGUGUCUUGCAGGGAUGGUUGGUCCUGUAGAAUGACUUGUGAAAGGGGCUACGGGCUUUCUGAGUUCUGGCUUUUUAAUUAUAAAAUGAGGAAACGUAUUUAAGUAGCAUUCUGUACUUUCUGGGUUCUGCACAUUUACAUCCAUUGUGAAGCCUCUGGAAGAAGCUGCUCUUGAAACCGAAUUCUUUGUUCUUGUCUAGUGAGAAGUGGGCAGUAGCUGACAGCUUAGUGAUACACAGUUUAAUUUACACGGUGUAAUACCUUAUUUUAUAUUAUUAUAUUAGUUGUUAAAUUAAGUUUAUUUUGUUGCAUACUUGUUGGGGUUUUGAAGAGUGAAAACUGUUCUAUAUAAUAUAUAAAUUGCUUCUUUGUGCUUCUUACUGAA